AUGGAAAAUAAUAAUAUUAAUAAUAAUAGUAUUAGUAACACAAAUAUAGAUAACAAUAAUAAUAAUAAUAAUAAUAAUAAUAUUGAAAAUAAUAAUAACAAUAAUAAUAAUUUAGAAAAUAACAAUAACAAUAAUAAUAAUAAUGAAGAUAAUGAAAGAACAACUCUAACAAAUAGUACAUCAAAUAUAACAAAGAAAAGAAAUCAAUCGAGAUCAUUGUCCAAUUCCUUAUCGAAUUUGGAGUUACCGACAUCACAACGAAUCAAUCAAUCACCAUUGAGAUCUUCUCAUUUGAGUUCCUCUGCCGGCGGCGGCGGUGGUGGUAAACCAAAUAAAUCAAGACAUGAAAUGAAUCAACAGAUUGCGACAUCUGGUGAUGUCAGUAAAUCAAAGGAUCACGUCAGACGUGUACUCUUUACAAAGAUACUCGAGAACAAAGGUUCGGUUGCACGUGAUCAUCUGGCCAAUGAGAGAACGUUCCUCGCAUGGCUACGUACUGGACUCUCUUGUAUUGCACUGGGUGUCGCACUGGCAAAGAUAGGAACAUCGCGAGCCGGUGGCAUUAUCUUUGUAGCACUGGGUUCACUCUUUCUGCUCUACAGUCCAAUCCGAUACUUCCAAGUGUAUCGACAGCUACUCAGAGGUAACUUUUCACCCAAUCGUUUCGGAACGGUUCUCUUUAUCAUUCUCUGUCUUGCCGCUGCAAUCACCGCACUCGUAAUAGUACUAGCCAAUCAUUCAAGUAGCGCAAUCAAUUAUUAA